AGUCACACACCACAGGGCAGAUAGGGCCUGACAACCACACACCUGGAAGGUAGGCAUUAGAAGCAUGGAUUUAAAAAGCCUUUUUGUGGUAGCCCAGUUUAUAAAGACAAGAUGUGCCCAUGGUAUGACGGCAGGAAAGGCCAAAAAGGAUAAGAAUUAUAUUUUCUAUGAGGUGGAGAUUCAGGAUUCCAAGAAGUUGAAGCUUUGCUACUUGGACAAGGUGGAACCUAAUGCCACUAUUGGAGAGAUCAAGUGUCUAUUAUAUAAGAUCUAUCCCAAAUGGUACCCAGCCAGACAGGCUUUGUCUCUUCACCCAGAUGGGGAGUCCCUGAAGGAUGAUGAGGUAUUGGAGAAUCUACCGGUGGGAACCACGGUAACAAUGUUCUUCCACGACCUGGGACCGCAGCUGGGGUGGACCAUGGUGUUUCUGGCGGAGUGCAUCGGACCUCUCUUCAUCUACCUUUUCUUCUUCCUCCAUCUCCUCAACAUCUAUGAGCAGAAAGAUGACUAUACCUCCAAUCCCUGCUCAGUGGUCACGCUGGCGUGUGUGUGUCACUGUUUCCACUACUUCAGAAGGCUGUUGGAAACCGUCUUCAUUCAUCGCUUCUCAGACGGCACCUUGCCACUGCAAACCAUCAUGAGGAACUGCCUGUACUACUGGGGAUUUUCUGCUUGGUUAGCCUACUACAUCAACCACCCCCUCUACACUCCACCAUUGUAUGGGAAUCUCCAAGUCUACUCUGCAGUGGUGGUGUUUAUGCUCUGUGAAGCUGGAAACUUCUCAAUUCAUUUGGCUCUCAAUAACUUGGGCUGUAAUGGUCUGAGGCCCAAGCGGAUCCCUUACCCCACCAGGAACCCCUUCACAUGGCUCUUCUUCUUCGUGUCAUGUCCCAACUACACCUAUGAGGUGGGGACGUGGUUGAGUUUCUCCAUCAUGACACAGUGUGUUCCAGUGGCCCUGUUCACGUUGCUGGGCUUCAUCCAGAUGACUAUCUGGGCACGCGGAAAACAUAAGAUGUACACCAGAGAGUUUACAGACUACCCUGAACUAAGAUCAGCUAUCAUCCCUUUGUUCCUUUGAGCCAGCCAGGGUUAACAACAAGAUCCUUAAUUAUACUCCUGUUCCUUAAUUAUACCCCUGUUCCUUAAUUAUACCCCUGUUCCUUAAUUAUACCCCUGUUCCUUAAUUAUACCCAUGUUCCUUAAUUAUACCCCUGUUCCUUAAUUAUACCCCUGUUCCUUAAUUAUACCCCUGUUCCUUAAUUAUACCCCUGUUCCUUAAUUAUACCCAUGUUCCUUAAUUAUACCCCUGUUCCUUAAUUAUACCCCUGUUCCUUAAUUAUACCCCUGUUCCUUAAUUAUACCCCUGUUCCUUAAUUAUACCCCUGUUCCUUAAUUAUACCCCUGUUCCUUAAUUAUACCCCUGUUCCUUAAUUAUACCCAUGUUCCUUAAUCAUACCCCUGUUCCUUAAUUAUACCCCUGUUCCUUAAUUAUACCCAUGUUCCUUAAUCAUACCCCUGUUCCUUAAUUAUACCCCUGUUCCUUAAUUAUACCCAUGUUCCUUAAUCAUACCCCUGUUCCUUAAUUAUACCCCUGUUCCUUAAUUAUACCCAUGUUCCUUAAUCAUACCCCUGUUCCUUAAUUAUACCCCUGUUCCUUAAUUAUACCCCUGUUCCUUAAUUAUACCCAUGUUCCUUAAUCAUACCCCUGUUCCUUAAUUAUACCCCUGUUCCUUAAUCAUACCCCUGUUCCUUAAUUAUACCCCUGUUCCUUAAUUAUACCCAUGUUCCUUAAUCAUACCCCUGUUCCUUAAUUAUACCCCUGUUCCUUAAUCAUACCCCUGUUCCUUAAUUAUAUCCAUGUUCCUUAAUCAUACCCCUGUUCCUUAAUUAUACCCCUGUUCCUUAAUUAUACCCCUGUUCCUUAAUUAUACCCAUGUUCCUUAAUCAUACCCCUGUUCCUUAAUUAUACCCCUGUUCCUUAAUUAUACCCCUGUUCCUUAAUUAUACCCAUGUUCCUUAAUCAUACCCCUGUUCCUUAAUUAUACCCCUGUUCCUUAAUUAUACCCCUGUUCCUUAAUUAUACCCAUGUUCCUUAAUUAUACCCCUGUUCCUUAAUAAGGGUUGCAAAAAAUUCUGCUAACUUGUCACCAAAUCCCCAGUUUUUCCCAGAAAUCCCACUUCUAAAUUCCACGUAAUCCGACGGAAAUAAGCAUGGAAAUCUGUAAUCGUCCAACCAGGAUUUCUGGAGCACCUGGGAAUUUUGGGUAAAUUACCAACAUUGUGCGCAAACCUAUUCACUAUACUUUUGGCCAAAGCCACAUCGGCCUCUUGCCAAAUGUAGUGUACUAUACAUAGGGAAUAGAAUGCUAUUUUAGACAGACCCAUUGCAUACUCUACUACAGUUAGAGAAAGCAGUGCACUGGACACUGUGGUAAUAGUGCACCUGUAGGGGAUAUGAUGUGGCUCUGGCCAAAAGGAGUGACACUAUAUGGGGGGUACAACAGAUACCCAGUCCAUAAGCGAGCUGUAAAUAAAUGAACUUUGUGACAGCCUCUCGGUCAGAAUAGGGUUACAAGGCCUCACUCAGGCCUGUGACUCAACUCUACACUAAAAGUGUACAUUUGUAGCAAGGUUAUGGGUUUACGCAGAUACUGUUUUUUUAAGUAAGGAUGAAUGUACUGCAAAGUGCGGAAUGAUACAAUAGAUUGGUUUGAUUCCCUUUAGUCGUAGAGAAUUUAUACAUAUUUUUUUAUUCACCAUAAUCAUCGUUGCAGCACAGUUCAUGUAAGUGACAAUGUGUAUACGUUAUAGUAGUGGUCUUGAAGUCUAGUGCACUUGAAGUCUAGUGCACUUGAAGUCUAGUGCAUUUGAAGUCUAGUGCAUUUGAAGUCUAGUGCACUUGAAGUCUAGUGCACUUGAAGUCUAGUGCACUUAAAGUCUAGUGCAUUUGUUCCCCUGUUGAAGGACGGACGGCCCUGUUCAGUCAAAUCAGAUAUGAAGUAACCAUAAUGUUUAAUUUGUGUGAUAUUAUUAGUAUUUUAUCUCAUUUGUUUACGCUGUUAGUUUUACAGUGGGACUGUUCUAUUGUUUUUGUUCACAGUAACUUUGUGUUAUUCAUGAACCCAUUUGGAUUUAAUAGGGCCAAUGUUUUGCUGUUAAAGCAUCAGUUGAAGUUGAUACACGUAUCUAUUCUCAUCCAUAAUACUAGCUAUGACAGGGAUGGGCAACUGGCAGCCCGCCAGGGGCCCCUUAUGAAGGCCCUCGCUGGAGGGUGAACAAGGUGCCAUUUUGAAAUGUGGUUGUACAUCAGCAGUUUUUCUCUUGUUUUCUCUUUAUUUAUCACUGUUGGAAUGUCAGCCAAAACAAAUUUGAUUUAGUAAAUUAGUCGUGCGGCCAGCUAUAGACAAAAGGUAGUAAUCAUGGAGGAAUCACCGGUCAGGGGGGGAGGGGCAUUUGAUUUUGUUGGUCAGCCUCACAUUUCUCUCCAACCCAGACAAAAAUGAGUAGAAUUAAAGGAAAUCUGUUAGAAAAUUGCCAAAUCUGCUCUCUGUCCCAAUGGUCGAAAUUUGUAGAAUUGCAAAAUACUUGAUUUAAAACGGCAACAUUUUCUUUACAUACAAUGGCAAAAUGUGUAGAAUAUAUAAACCAAGCAAGAUAUUUCUACCUUAUUUGAACGACUAUGUAAAUGAGCUAAGCAUUAUUAGUAGUUUUUGGUAUAUAAAUGUGGGUAUACAGACCCGCCAGCCACUAUGGCCCCUCAUAAUGACUUCAGAGUUUGUGGCUCCCAACCCCAUCAAAGUUGCCCGUCUGAUCGUAGGAAAUAGAAGCGUAAAUCCAGAAAGCGUCUUCUUGAUUAGAAACAGCAUUUGUAACAUGUUAAACACAGUUAUCAUGACAUUUCAAAUGACAAACUGAAAAUGACAAAGUUUCAAAAAACAACAAAAAACGGCAACAAUAAAAUAAACAAUAUAUUUUGCGGUUUGUUCGUUACGUUGUGUUUGAGUCCACUACAACGGGAGUGAAAGCCUAUAUCAUCAAGCAGAAACUCACCUGAUUCAACUAAUCAACUAAGAGUCAUUGUCUACAACCGAGACUGCUUGGCUAGAACAAAAGCCUGCACCCACACGGCCCUCUGUGGAUGGCAGGGUAGCCUAGUGGUUAGAGUUUUGGGCCAGUUACCGAAAGGUUGCUAGAUCAAAUCCCUGAGUUGACAAGGUACAAAUCUGUCGUUAAAUAAAGGUCAAAUUACAUUGUUCCCCUGCACUAUACAUUUAGGUGAGCAUAUAAAGCUGUGCUUAGGAUCUGAAACCUUACCUCUUCAAAGUGUAUCUUAAAUAAUCCCACACCAACCCACCUUGAGGGGGGCUAAAUAUCUUAAAUGUAAUGUAAAUGAAAAAUGUAUUUAAUAUGAUUGUGGUUGUCUCACCUCUGGAUAAGAGCGUCUGCUAAAUGACUAACAGAAUAUGUCCUAAAUUAAUGAAAAUGGCAAAACAAAUAUAUAAGCCAAGCAAGAUUUUUUUUCUACACAUUAUUUGAAAGGCUAUAUAAAUUAUCUAAGCAUUUGUAUUAGUUUUGGUAUAUAAAUGUCAGUGUAAAUGCAGCGCCAUCUUGUGGUCUCGUAUUGAUACUGCGUAAUAACAAAACAAAACAGGGACGGACCUAUUCUCUGUGUAGGUGUGUUUAGUUGUCGAGGAAGCAGCCCCCUCAUAAACCAAGGGGAGCUGCUUCCUCUUCAAUGAACACGUGAAAAGGAGAUGAGGCGAGGAAGCAGCCCCCUCAUAAACCAAAGGAUGCAGCCCCCUCAUAAACCAAAGGGAGCAGCUUCCUCUUCAAUGGAGAUGAGGCGAGGAAGCAGCCCCCUCAUAAACCAAGGGGAGCUGCUUCCUCUUCAAUGGAGAUGAGGCGAGGAAGCAGCCCCCUCAUAAACCAAAGGGAGCAGCUUCCUCUUCAAUGGAGAUGAGGCGAGGAAGCAGCCCCCUCAUAAACCAAGGGGAGCUGCUUCCUCUUCAAUGGA